UGUGCGAAGUUUCAAGUCCUCCCUCUGGAGUGGCAUACCCCGAAAAUAAAAAGCAUCCUACAGAUUUCGGAUCCCCGACUAGAAGCUGAUGCAGUGAUUUCAGCAAUGAAAAUGUGGCUGCCGUUCUUGGAGGUCAAAGGUGUGCCGUUGGCGGAUCUGCGGAGUUCCCGGCGUCUCUCCUGAAGGCGCAGAAACUAUUGCGUGAUGCAGUCAAGGACAAGGAUAGUGGUGUGCAGAUCAGCGGAGGUUUAGGAAUAGAUAGUGAAAUAGGCGGACUCAUUAAUUUGUCUAACUUACUCUGCUGACGAUGGAUGAAGUAGGAUUGAAAAAGACAGUAGUAACGAACACGACGGCGUUUAGCGGUGCAGGCAGCGGCAAAACUACAAUUACUGGUACUAUCAUGGUGGAAUACCGGAGGGUUAAAGAUUUGAUGCGGAAGGCCGACAAUCGUGGUAUUGUCCUUGCGUCGCCACUGUUUGCUGAGCGGAAAUACCUGGACUUGCUGCGUGGUCAUGCACAGGAACAGAACGGCACCUUCUGCAAAGGUCUCUUUGAGCUACUGGCAAGCCUGGUCACUGAGGAUGAAUCAGCUACGUUUCAAUUUCGCCUGACUCAAGAGGAUAUCUCGGAAGCUGUGAAGAUGCUCACGAUGUACAAAACCGACCCGUCGGUGGUGGAUUCCGUUUGUAACUUCUUGGACAUCGCAUUGAAUCGCCCAUCACCCAUAGAUGAUGACCAGCAGGUUCCCAUCGUGGAGCUAUGUCCGGGAAGGGAGUGUAUCGAGAUAUGCAGGAGCUUUGUAAACAUGAUGGAGCACGUCGACAGGACCAAGAUGAAGAACAACGCCAUCAAACGUUUCACAACGCUCAUCCUGCACAUGCGCGGCAUCAUCCAAGAAACCGGAGCAAUGCAAGCGAUCACCGAGUUGAACAUUGACGUGUCGCUGUCCAAAGUCCUGUGUUACUUGGAGCCCUCCCGGAAUCUUGUCGAAGUCUGCGCCAAGCUGCUCAAAUUCUUCGUCACAGAUGAUACCUUGAGGCAUGCGCGUCGCCAGGGAGUGUCAGCCGCAACCGUGCAUGAACGAGCAGACGCUGCCCUUGCCACCUGUGUUGAGGGUGAGGACGAACAGUGGGCGGACAAUCCUCAAAUGAGAACAGCAGUGCUAGAGCUGCUAUCUGCACUUGGUUACGUCCCUGUCUCCUCUCUAGUUACUCCUGCGGCAGCUGAUUCCGCCGACGUGACUCUCACAGCUCCCACUUCUGCUGCUGCUGCUGCUGCUGCUGCCACCUCGACUUCUGCAACUGCUGCCCCUGCUGCGGUGUCUCCCGCAGCUGCACCUGCUGCCAUAGCAACGUCGUCUUCGGACUCGUCGGCUGGCACACAAUCUACAUCUUCUGGAGCAAAACGAGGUACGGGUCCGUCCAACAAGACCAUGCAUGAAGCUACGAAUAGGACAUUCAGCAGCGGUUGGACCAGAGUACGCCGUAUCCGCAUCAGCCUCUGCGGUCAGUUUGGAACCGGCAAGACGAGCCUGGCGGAUUCUCUCAAGAACAAGCAGUUCGUGGACAAUAAGCCGAGUACACCGGUUCUCGAUGUUGAUCACAGCAAUGUGCUCCACGGCGCAGGAAACCUUAAGGAUUGGGACUUCGGCGCUGCACUCCUCUGUGCUCCUGACAUACUUCACCAUGCUGAAGAUCUUGAGAAGAAACGCCAGCAAGAGCACGAGCUGCAACAGCAACCGGCUGGGUCUACAGAUCAUGAUGCAGCACCCAGCUCUGCUGAAUUGACACAGACCAUGAUCGAUGUCAUCUUGGCAAACCAAGAGCUGAUGCGAGACAUCGGCGAAGAAGAAGUGGUGGCGUCCAUUUGGGAUUGCGGCGGCCAAUCAAUCUUCUCAAGCCUGCAGCAUUUCCUAAUGGGUGAAGAUUACGUCAUCUAUAUUCUCUGUUUCAACGCCUCAGAAAACUUCAAUGAAAUCAAGCAGCAGAAGUACUGGAAGUUGUCAGGGAGUACGGUGUCCGAAAUGACUCUGGACGUACCAGAAGACCUCAAGAACAUUGACCACCUUCGACACUGGCUAACAGCUAUCCACUUUGCCAGCAACCCAGGCAAGGCUGUGGGAAGCGAGGCGUUCGACUACCCGCCUGUGAUAUUGGUGGGGAACUUUGCCGACAAGCUGUCGACAGAUAGGACACUUUCGGAGCACAAGAUCGAUAUCCUCGAGAAGCUGCGAAUCCUCUGUUGGCGGUCACCAACAUGGAAGGGUGUGAUCAAGACCGGUGACACUGAUCCCGCAGGGUUGUUCCUUGUGGACAACCACGAGUCCGGAGCUUCUCAAGAAGUUCUAGGUAUCCGAGAGAAGCUGCAGGAUGCUGUUUCAUCGGUGCUGGCAGACAAGGAGAUGCCGACGGAAUGGGUUCGCUUUGAGAUGAUACUGGAGUAUCUCAAGAAACAACCCGCCCAGGAUGGCUACACAACACGAGACUCGAUGAGAACACUGGUGGAGAAGGCCUGCAAGAUCCGCGACGACUGUGCCAUGGACGGCACUCCAUCCGAGUUUGAGCGUCUUCUUCGUUUCUACAACGACCUACGCGUCAUCAUCUAUCAGCCGACAAACAAGAACUCGCCGCAGCCUGAUGACAUCAUCUUCCACAACACACAGUGGCUCAUCAGGCAGAUCAACGUCCUCGUCUUUGGCCACAAGUACUUGGAUGAACCUGGAGGAGGUGGUGGCAGGACGGCGAAGGAAGCCGAGACCAGGUAUCGCAACAUUUUGUGGACAAAGGGAAUAGCGAAUCGGCAAUUGAUGGAGUGUGCCUGGAAGGAGGUGAAACGAGAAGUCCGUGAAAAGAUGCUUGGCGUGAUGGUCGACUGGGAUUUGCUGUACAAAUUCGGAGACGCCCAGCAAGCAAAGUACUUCAUCCCGUCUGUUCUUCAACAUCGACCGCCGGAGAAAAUCGAGGAGGCCAUGCGCAGCUUCGAGCAGGGCAAUGAGCUAAACGACGUCUGCUUCUCCACAGCUGACACACCACUGCUGAUCAUGGUUCAGCCACCAGGUAAGGAUGAUGAAGACGUCCUAAGCUACAAGUAUCCAGACGCGGACACACCGAUGCCACACAGCUCCUACUGCAAGCUACUUGUACGGCUCAUGAGAAAGUGGGACAUCACAAAUACCGACCCGAGUCACUGUGAGCUCACCUACAACACAGCCAGGUUUCGGCUGUGGCUGCCGGAGCAGCUCCGUGACCAGUUCCCCGGCAAGGUGGAUAUCUUCUUGGCUCACUACGACUCGUCAGGUGCACUGCUGGUCAGCAUCAACUUCCGGUACUCACCUAAAGGUGCUGCUAGCUCCUCUGAUUGGCUGCAGCCGAUCUCAUCUAUAUGCCAGCAUGUCCGCAAGGAUAUCAUGGAGGAGUUGGAUAAGCUGGAGAACCCGAAACUGGACAAACCGGUCAUGUUCAGUUUACCACUACCGCCAGUAUGCGCAUGCAAAGAGCAGGAGUGGAAGGACUACAGCAGCAAAAGCCGGGACCUCGGAUACGCACCGUGGCGCGUACUCUACAGUGAAUCUGGUGCUCAUCACGAUCCGUACUGUGCCGGGUGUGAUUCGGAGUACAGCAUACCCAACAACUCAAACUGCUGGUUCAAAGCUAGUAGUACCUUCCAGCUCGAAGGACAGCAGAAUGAUAUAGCGAGGCAGCAAGUGGCACUCUGGAAGCUGAAAGCGGAGAUUGUCAGUGGGCAGUCACUUGCUACGAAGGAGGCAGUGGAUGCCAGCUCGGAAGUAUGCCUCGCUGCCGUGCGCAACAUCAAUCCCGUCGCUGCCGAGACUUCUGCAAUUGCUGCCAGUGCUGCGGCUUCCCCCGCAUCUGCGACUGCUGUCAUAGCAACGUCAUCGCCUAGCCAACCCAACGAGGGUUCUGCCACUCCAUCUGAAAAGGAUCACACGGCUGCAGACUCGUCGGCUGGCACACGAUCUGCAUCUUUGGCAGCAAAACGAGGUACGGGUCCAUCCGACGAGGCCAUGCAUGAAGCUACGAAUAGCACACUGAGCAGCGGUUCGACCAGAGUACGCCGUAUCCGCAUCAGCCUCUGCGGUCAGUUUGGAACCGGCAAGACGAGCCUGGCGGAUUCGCUCAAGAACAAGCAGUUCGUGGACAAGAAGCCAAGUACACCGUUGCUCGUUGUUGAUCAUGGCAAUAUGCUCCAGGACGGAGGAAACCUGACAGAUUGGAAGUUCAAUGCUGCACUCCUCUGCGCUCCGGACAUCCUUGAUCAGGCUGAAGAUCUUGAGAAGAAAUACCAACAAGAGCAAGAACAGCAGCAACAGGAGCAAGAAGCUGCAAGACUGGCCGAGCCAGCGGCGAAAGUCCCAAAGCGAGCUAAGUCUACAGGACUCCAGCGUGAGGGAACAGCGACGAAAGAGGCAGCAGUAGAACAUCCACAGCGCCAAAAGCAGCAACACCCCAUCGUAGUGCCUGGACACCGAGAAAACGUGGAGGGGAGCUCUGCACCAAGACACAAGCAGUCAUCGAAGGAAACAUCAAAACUCACUGCAGAUCCAGAAGCAGCACUCAGCUCUGUUGAAUUGACACAGAGCCUGGUUGAUGUCAUCUUGGAGAACCAAGAGCUGAUGCGAGAAAUCCGCAAAGAAGAAGUGGUGGUGUCCAUUUGGGAUUGCGGCGGCCAAUCAGUCUUCUCAAGCCUGCAGCAUUUCCUAAUGGGUGAAGAUUACGUCAUCUAUAUUCUCUGUUUCAACGCCUCGGAGAACUUCGAUCACAUCAAGCAGCAGAACUACUGGAAGUUGUCAGGGAGUACAGUGUCUGAAGUGACUCUGGAUGUACCGGAGAAGCUGGAGAACAUCGACCACAUUCGGCACUGGCUAACAGCCAUCCACUUUGCCAGCAACCCAGGCAAGGCUGUGGGAAGCGAGGCGUUCGACUACCCGCCUGUGAUAUUGGUGGGGAACUUUGCCGACAAGCUGUCGACAGAUAAGACACUUUCGGAGCACAAGGUUGAUAUCCUCAAGAAGCUGGGAAAGCUCUGCCACCGGUCGCCAACUUUCCAGGGUAUGAUCGAGAACGAUGACAUUGAUCCCGCAGAGUUGUUCCUUGUGGACAACCACGAGUCCGGAGCUUCUCAAGAAGUUCAAGGAAUCCGAAAGAAGCUACAGGAUGCUGUUUCAUCGGUGCUGGCAAACAAGGAGAUUCCGACGGAAUGGGUUCGCUUUGAGAUGAUAAUGGAGUAUCUCAAGAAACAACCCACCCACACUGGCUACACAACACGAGACUCGAUGAAGACACUGGUGGAGAAGGCCUGCAAUAUCCGCGACGACUCCGGCAUGGACGGCACUCUAUCCGAAUUCGAGCGUCUUCUUCGGUUCUACGACGACCUACGUGUCAUCAUCUAUCGGCCGGCAAACAAGAACUCGCCGCAGCCUGAUGACAUCAUCUUCCACAACACACAGUGGCUCAUCAGGCAGAUCAACGUCCUCGUCUUUGGCCAUAUGUACCCGGUCGAACCUGGCGGAGGUGAUGGCAGGACGGCAAAGGAAGCAGGGGCAGCAGAAACGGAGUGGCGCGACUAUCUGUGGAAAGAGGGUAUAGCACGCCGGAAACUAAUGAAGUAUGCCUGGAAAGCAGUCAAAAGAGAGGUUCGUAACAAGAUGCUGGAUGUGAUGGUCGACUGGGAUUUGCUGUACAAAUUCGGAGAUACCUCGCAUGCAAAGUACUUCAUCCCAUCAGCUCUUCAACGUCGACCGCCGAAGAAAAUCGAGGAGGCCCUGCGCAGUUUCCAGCAGGACAAUGAGCCAAACGACGUCUGCUUCUCCACGGCUGACACACCGUUACUGAUCAUGGUUCAGCCACCAGGCAAGGAUGAUGAAGACGUCCUAAGCUACAACGAUCCCGACGCGGACACACCGAUGCCACACAGCUCCUACUUCAAGCUACUUGUACGGCUCAUGAGAAAGUGGGACAUCACAAACACUGACCGGAGUCACUGUGAGCUCACCUACAACACAGCCAGGUUUCGGCUGUGGCUGCGGGAGCGACCCCUUGACCAGUUCCCAGGCAAGGUGGAAAUCUUCUUGGCUCACUACGACUCAUCAGGUGCAUUGCUGGUCAGCAUCAACUUCCGGUGCUCGCCUGACUGUGCUGCUAGCACCUCUGACUGGCUGCAUCCGAUCUCAUCGAUAUGCCAGCUUGUCCGCAAGGAUAUCAUGGAGGAGUUGGGUAAGCUGGAGAACCCGAAACUGGACAAACCGGUCAUGUUCAGUUUACCACUACCGCCAGUGUGCGCAUGCAAAGCACAGGAGUGGAAGGACUACAUCAGCGAAAGCCGGGACCUCGGAUAUGCACCGUGGCGCGUACGCUACAGCGAAUCCCUUACUCAUCACGAUCCGUACUGCGCCGGGUGUAAGUCACACUACAGCAUACCCAACAACUCAAACUGCUGGUUCAAAGCUAGUAGUAUCUUCCAGCUCGAAGGACAGCAGAAUGCUGUAGCGAGGAAGCAAGUGGCACUCUGGAAGAAGAAAGCGGAGAUUGCCAAUGAUCAGUCACUUCCUACGGAGGUGAAGAAGUUCCUUGCUGACCGUGCGGACAAGUGUCUGUGUAUGCUGGCUGGAAGCAGAGAUACACUUGCCGUGGCAUCACCGUCGUUCGGCACUAUCGAGCCGGCUGUGGAUCUGGCCGAGUUAUGGAAGCUGUGCUGCCAGUGUGUCGGUGCUGGGCAUUCGGAUAUGAUCCUGCGUGUUGCUCGGAUGUGCGACACUCUGCAGAGCGAAGAUGGGCUUGUUCAUGUUCUAAGUCACUUCUGUGAGGAGAAACAGUGUGGCACUUCUGAGCGUAGCGAAGCGGAGGCGCCAAAGGCGAAAAAGAAGAAGUACGAGUCUCAGCUCUCUGACAUGACAGCAUGGGAGAGUGACGACUUCACAGAACUUCUGCCUGACCUGGUUUCCACGCUAACUCCAGGUGCUAUGCGUCGCCAGUGUGAGGCUAAGAAGUUGAUUACGCGUGCACAGCGUCAGCUAUUUGCAUCAUACAGUGGCCCUGCAGCGCAGAAUGAGGCAUUGCUCGAUGCACUAAGCACUGGUGAUGACGAAUCCUUCCACACCUUCCUUGAAUGCAUCCAUAAAGUCGAGCCACAGGCCAGCGCGAGAAGGUUAUUGGCCAAGCUGGAACCCGUCGACAAGUUCCGGGCAGCCCGGCAGUACUGCUGAGGACGCAUUAGCGUCUGCAGGAGCUUCUGCUGCUGAUCCAGUGGGAUGGUGGUGAUGAUAAUGGCCAUGAUUGAUCAACACUGGAUCGCGGCGAGAAUCUGUUCUGUCUGUCUCUCUCUGAGCCUGUAAGUCCUUCUGUCUCUCUUCCUGUAAGUCCUUCUGUCUGUCUGCCUUUACGUCUUUCUGUCCGUUUUUCUGCUUCAACUCAGACUCUAGACUGAGCUCUCUCCUUCACUUGCUCUCACUCUCGCUUGUUCUCGCAAUCCCAGUCUCUCGCUCCCACUCACUCAUUAAGUCGCGAUAUUUUUCAUUUGCCUGCUGCAUUCGCUAUCGUAAGCACUACUUCCUUUGAAUAUGCCUUUCUUCUUCUUCUUCUUCUUCUUCUUCUUCUUCUUCUUCUUCUUCUUCUUCUUGGUCUUCUUGGUCUUUCAAUUGCUACAUGACUCGCUAGAGACUGCUUUCCCUUAGCUUCGACUUUGCUCCUUUUAUUGGUACAUUAUCACAAAGUAUUUUUUUCACUCCUCAGUAGUGCAGCACCGUGGGCGCCGCGUGCUCAGGCAAAGUGGCACGGAACCAGAAUGCUGGAUUUCCCCUUAUCACAAAGUAUUUUUUUCACUCCUCAGUAGUGCAGCACCGUGGGCGCCGCGUGCUGAGGCAAAGUGGCACGGAACCAGAAUGCUGGAUUUCCCCUUAUCACAAAGUAUUUUUUUCACUCCUCAGUAGUGCAGCACCGUGGGCGCCGCGUGCUCAGGCAAAGUGGCACGGAACCAGAAUGCUGGAUUUCCCCGCGCGUGCCCUUCGCUCCAUGCACAGUACCUGACCCAUGUGUAGAGUCUAGAUAGAUUGUCUGAGUUGUGUUGAAUUGUCAUUCAAUUUCUUUUUAUUCUCAAAAACAAAUAUCUCUACAUUCUAUCUCUGUGACUUAGAACCUCGCUUUAGGUCCGUAUUUGACUAUUUGAGCUUAGACACUGCUGGAAAAGCAGUGCACUAGUCUGACGUCAUCAUGUCGAAUAGCGGAACUUUUCUUUUAAAUUCUUUUCCGGUUGAACCGGUAUGCUCAUAGAAUUAUCAGCUUCUGCGCGGCUUCAUUUCUGCCUAUCCUUGGUAAAAGUACAAAAGAAAAACAAGGAAACAGUGGAAAGAAAGGAACAGGGAGGAAAACAAAGCUCAGCCAACUAAGUGAGCCGGAAA